AUGUCUAAGAACACACAAGUAGAAGAAAAUGGAGGAGUCAAGCCAGCCUGUGAGGCUUUGAAGAUAUUCAAGAGAUCAAGGCUCGUGUUCAAACCGUCUCGAAGCGUGUUGUGGUUUUUCUUGGUUGGGGUGUGUCUGGUAUGGAGCCUUUUCUACUUUGAUUACAUAAGCCUGGCUAAAAGUUAUAGCCUUUUGGAUGAUAAAUCAGAGACAUUCGUUGGGCUCAAACUUGACAACAACAGCAACAACAGCAACAACAACAAGAACAAUAGCCUUUUGAAUAAAUCAGAGACAUUCGUUGGGCUCCAACUUGACAAUAACAACAACAACAAAAACAACAACAACAACAACAGCAACAGCAACAACAGCAGCGACAAUAGCAACAACAGCAGCAGCAACAAUAACAACAUCAGUUCCAAGAGAGUUGGGUUUCUGGAAGAAAGUGGAAAUGAUUGUGACGUGUUUGAUGGAGAUUGGGUUUGGGAUGAAUCAUAUCCACUGUAUCAAUCCAAAGAUUGCAGAUUUCUCGAUAUAGGUUUUAGAUGUAGUGAGUUUGGAAGGUCUAAUUUGUCCUAUACUCAUUGGCGAUGGCAACCAAGACACUGUGACUUGCCCAGAUUUGAUGCUAAAGUGAUGCUAGAGAAACUCAGAGACAAGCGGCUAGUGUUUGUUGGAGACUCAAUUGGAAGAAACCAGUGGGAGUCUCUUCUUUGUCUGUUGUCUUCAUCAAUCAAGAACGAGAGCUCGAUUUAUGAAGUAAAUGGGAGUCCCAUCACAAAGCACACAGGGUUCUUGGUGUUCAAAUUUGAGGACUACAAUUGCACAGUUGAAUACUACAAAUCUGCCUUUUUGGUUCCCCAAGGCAGAUCACCGAUUGGAUCACCAGAGAAAGUUAAGACAAGUCUGAAAGUGGAUACUAUGGAAUGGACUUCAAGCAUAUGGAGAGACGCAGAUGUUUUAGUUCUCAAUACCGGACAUUGGUGGAACGAAGGCAAAACUGUUAGAAGGGGAUGCUACUUUCAAGAAGGAGAAGAAGCGAAACUUGACAUGAGUGUAGAUGAUGCGUAUAAGCGAGCUAUCGAGACCGUUGUGAAAUGGAUACAAACCGAAGUCGAUUCAAACAAGACUCGAGCCUUUUUCCGCACUUUCGCUCCUCUUCAUUUCAGGGGAGGAGAUUGGAAAACAGGAGGAAAAUGUCACUUGGAGAUAUUGCCUGAGGUUGGAACAUCAUCGGUUUCAUCAGAGACAUGGAAACAGUUAAACAUCCUCAGAGAUGUGUUUUCACAAUACUCAAACAGAUCAGAGACUAUUAGAAUGAAACUUUUGAACAUAACGGCAAUGUCUGCUCUAAGAAAAGACGGUCACCCAUCGCUUUACUACGCCGGCUCGCAUAGUCCUGCACCGCCUCAUCUUCAAGACUGUAGCCACUGGUGCCUUCCUGGUGUUCCUGAUACGUGGAACGAGCUCCUCUAUGCAUUGCUUCUGAAACAAGAUUCUUCUUCUACUACAUAG